AUGAAGACUGAAUGUAAAGCCUCGUCCCGGUUCCCAGCUCUUUUCGCAUUGCCAGAUCUUGCCAAGUCUGUUUCUCGAAGAUUGCCUUUCUCUCUUGCUUCACGACGCAAGCACACGUCGUCUGUGACUCCGGUUGUAUUGCAUUCUAUCCCCGUAAAGCGCUCGAUCCGUCGGAAUCGCCAGUACGGCUGUAAGGCGCGUGGAGCUCCGGGCAACAUGUGUCGCAUAGACAAGUCGCAUAGAAACCAGUGCAGGGCGUGUCGGCUGAAGAAGUGCCUCGAGGCGGGAAUGAACAAAGACGGUAAGUCAAGUUCAGUGUACAAGUGCUUAUAUUUCAACAAAUUUAUGUCUCUAUCCCUCUACCCCCGGCCCCGUCAAUGGGGCCCAAAGUUGACAAACUAUUUUGAGCCUAAAUUUCGAGUCAAUCGGCCACUUUUGAUCGCUUUAGGGCAAGACUGUUGUCCAACUAAAGCAAGGCGGUCUCUCAGACUGUGA